AGGUUGCUGGGACUUGUAAUAUUUAUUAUAUCAGCACACGUGCAUGAUUCUCUCGCAAAACAUUAUCAUAUAAAAUUGAGGCACGGAAGGCAUCGCCGACAACACGGUGAAAGUUAUCUGCCCAGCAGCUUUGUACAGGACACGGAUGAGCCUGAGAGAGGCAAUUGGGGACCAUGGUCGACACCCAGUUCCUGUUCGCGUUCCUGCGGUGGCGGAGUUGCUCAUCAAACCAGACAAUGUCUCGACAUAGAUGACAGUGGUCAUGACAAGUGUACUGGUUCGUUCAGAAGGUUUUUUUCAUGCAACAUUCAAGAAUGUCCUGGAGAAUCAAAGGAUUUUCGUGCGGAACAGUGCGAGGAGUUUAAUAACGUACCUUUCGAAGGAGUUUAUUACGAUUGGAUUCCGUACACCGGAAGUCCGAAUAAAUGUGAACUAAAUUGUAUGCCACGAGGCGAGCGAUUUUUCUACAGACAUAAAGUCACUGUGAUCGACGGUACUCCUUGUGAAGCUGAAAAGAAUGACGUUUGCGUCAAAGGCAAAUGCAUGCAUGUCGGGUGUGAUAUGAUGCUAGGUAGUGAUGCUAAAGAAGAUGCGUGCAGAGAAUGUGGUGGCGAUGGCUCAGAUUGCAAUACCGUUACAGGUUUAUUUGACACAGACGAUCUCCAAGUGGGUUAUAUUGAUAUUUUACUUAUUCCCGAGGGUGCGACAAAUAUUAUCAUAAAAGAAAAUUAUCCAUCCAACAAUUAUUUAGCCAUACGCAACACAACCGGACAUUACUAUUUAAAUGGCAAUUGGAGAAUAGAUUUUCCACGCAGCUUGCGCUUUUCUGGUACUAUCUUUCAUUACGCUAGAGAUCCUCAAGGAUUUGCAGCACCCGAUACCAUCACGGCUCUGGGACCUACAAAUGAACCGAUUUACGUAGUGUUGCUCUAUCAAGAUCGCAAUGUAGGAGUGCAUUACGAGUAUAGCAUACCCAAGAAGUUUUCGGUGCGUACCGAUCCAGAUAGUUACACCUGGAUAACCGAUGAAUUUUCAAGUUGCAGCGUUAGUUGUGGUGGAGGCUACCAAUCGAGACGGGUAGUAUGUGUACGAAGGCGCGACAAUCAGCCGGUGGAUGAGAGCUUAUGCGAUCCGCAGUUGGAACCAGCUGACACUCAAAGUUGUAGCGAAGAACCAUGUCCGCCUAUUUGGGUAGAAGGCCCAUGGUCAACUUGCACGAAACAUUGCGGCGAAGGGGGCGAGCAAACUAGAGAUAUCAAAUGCGAGCAGAUCAUCUCAGGUGGGAUAGCUUCCAUAGUGGACGAUACUCAAUGUCUAGAAAAAGUGGGGCCGAAAGGCCAGACUAAGCAAGAAUGCAAUAAAGACGUGGAUUGUCCACAGUGGCACGAAGGACCGUGGAAGCCUUGCGAUCAUAUAUGCGGUCCUGGUAAACACACUAGGACAGUCACGUGUUACAAGAAGGUAGAUGGCAAAAUCCAAGUUCUAGAAGAUGAAGCAUGCGAAGCGGAAAUGCCUGAACGCGAAAAAGCUUGCGAGUUGAGACCUUGCGCUGGUCUCGAUUGGGUUACCUCGGAAUGGAGCGGAUGCGAGGAGAAGUGUGAUCUCAUCAAAGAAACCAGAACGGCACAUUGCGCUACUCAGGAGGGCACAGUUUAUUCAGAUAACCUGUGUGAUGCAAACAAGAAGCCGGAAUUGGAAAGAGACUGUGAGAAAGCUAAGAAUUGCGAUUUCCAGUGGUUCACUUCGCAAUGGAGCGAGUGUUCGGCAAAAUGUGGACAUGGCGUUCAAACGCGCAAAGUGUUUUGUGGCACUUUUAGCGAUGAUAUUGUGAAGAAAGUUCCAGACGAGAAUUGUGAUUCUGCAAAGAAAUUUGAAAAUACGAAAAAUUGCACCGCUGAAGAACCAUGUAAGGGCGAAUGGUUCGCAGGACCUUGGAGCAAGUGUUCGAAACCAUGUGGCGGUGGCGACAUGACACGUAAAGUGAUUUGCAUGAAGGAUAACAAGACGGUACCUGUGAGUCAGUGUAAUGCCGACAACAUCAUUUUCUCUACCGAAAAAUGCAAUGAUCAACCUUGUGAAGAAGGCGUGACACCAACCGACGAGGAGCAUCUAGAUGAGAAAAUGAUAGACUCGGAUGAAGAAGAGUGUGAAGAGGAAGAGGGAGAAGAAGGUGCUGUUGGUUUCAGUCUUCCUGUGGGAAAAGUGACAAUAGGCAAAUUAAUCGAGGAAACAGAAGCAACAUCUCCGAGUUCGUUGUUCACCGGAAGUGAUACUUACGACACUAUGUUUAGCGAUUCUACGAGAGGCGAUAUAUCACUUUCAGAAUUGGGUAGCGGCGAAGGUAGCGGUGACGAUAAUUUUACCAUGUUUGACACUAGCUUCUUCGUCGGCAGCACUAUCGACAUCGGUUCUACUGUCGUCGAAGAGAGCGAAAGUUCAGUUAGUGAAAUUACAACGGAAGGCAAAGCCGGCACAACCGAGUUUGGGAUAGACGUAACUGAACCGUCGGACAUUACCCAAGGAACCGACGUAACGCUCGAAGGAUCCGGUACCAAUCCAGAAGAAGGAUCCGGCGCCAAUGCAUCUACGAACGAAUUAGUUCAAGCCUCAACAUCGGAAUUCAACGGAACAACAGAACAAUCGACAGAUUAUUCCGUUACCAUCUCCAGCGAAUUGACUAGUGAUGCAGAUAUCGGAACAACAAUCGAAUCCAGUGGUAUAACAACUGAUUUGGACAACGUAACAAGCGAUACAAAUGAAUCAGCUACCACUAUCGCUUCGGCGGAAACCACAAUUUCUUCCACGACUGGACCGACAGAAUCCACCGAAACAGAAACAACAGAUAUGACGACUGAUACGACCGAAUCGACAGAGAGUGAAACAACAUCAAAUACCGAAUCCACAGAUACGACCGAGUCUACGCAAUCUACAUCAAGUACAUCUUCAGAAUUAUCUUCAGAGACGGAGACUACAGAAAUGACUGAAAACGAGAUCACUACGUUCGAAACAGCAACUGAAAUGACAUCAACAAUGGUUUCUCAGCCAACAACCGAAUUGAAUGUACAAGGCGAGUAUGAUUUCGGUUCAGAGGAACAGAGUACUGAUGCUAUAACUACGGUAUCUAGUCAAACGAAAGAAAGCUACACUACAACAGUUGACAGUACAGAAAACACUACUGAGAUAACGGAAAUAACCGAAUCUGAAGAGACAAUUGAGUUCAGCAUUAGCACAGAAUCAGCUGAGAUAACAGAAUCUGGAUUGACGACUGAAUUUAGUGAUUCUGUUACGACUUUAAGCGCAACAGAAUCCAACGAGACUACUGUCAUGGUUUCUACGGAGACUACCGAUUCAUCUAUGACAACCGAAUCAAGCGAGACAACUUUGUCAAGCGAAAUGACUGAAUCGUCGAAUACAACAUCGUCUUUCGAGGAGACAACAGUAUCCGGUGAGACCACUGCAGGGGACAUUACCUCCACAGUCACAAGUGAAGAAACUGAUCUUACCGAAAAGACUCAUAUCACGGAGAUAUGGACAACCAGCUUCCCAGAAGUAACGGCCCAUAAACGGCAAUGUAAACCAAAGAAGAGCUGCAAAAAAACGCCGUUCGGAUGUUGCUACGACAAUAUCACCGCUGCUCAGGGACCAUUUGGACAAGGUUGCCCGACGCCUCAAACAUGUAACGAGACACGAUAUGGUUGCUGCUCCGAUGGCGUAUCACCUGCUACUGGUCCAAAGCACAAGGGUUGCCCCGACUCACGUUGCAAUGAAUCACUUUUCGGUUGCUGUCCCGAUGGUAUUACUACAGCGCAAGGCAACGAUUAUGAAGGAUGCAAGAAACCUUGUAAAGAAACAGAAUUUGGAUGUUGUCCAGACAAUGAGACUGCAGCUAGUGGAAAGGCUUAUUUGGGAUGUUGUAAUGUCACCGAGUUUGGUUGUUGCCCAGGUGAUAUUAAAGCCGCUUCUGGUCCUAAUGGUGAAGGUUGUGAGGAAGAAGUCACUUCUGAAACGGAAAUACAUGAAAAAACAACAAUUUCGCUCGAAGAUUGUGCAAACACCACUUACGGUUGCUGUCCUGAUGGUAUCGCUAUUGCAAAUGGCGCCAACUUUGAAGGAUGCGGUGUCAUCAAUUUCGAAAAUUGCAGCGCAUCUUACUUUGGAUGCUGUUCUGACGGAGUUUCCGCGGCUCUCGGGCCGGACAGCUAUGGUUGUCGCAUGCCAUGCCAUGACAGUGCUUACGGAUGCUGCGAGGAUGGAAUAACGCCAGCACAUGGUCCGAAUAAUGAAGGUUGUUGUUUAUCAACCCCAUACAAGUGCUGUCCGGACAACAGUCUGCCAGCCCGUGGACCAAAUUUCUAUGGCUGUGGUUGCCAAUACACGAGAUUCGGCUGUUGCCCUGAUAAUUCGACGGCAGCUCGCGGACCAAAUAACGAGGGUUGUGGCUGCCAAUACACGCCUCAUGGUUGCUGCCCGAAUCGGUUUACUCCCGCCAGCGGAUCCAAUUUUGAAGGAUGUCCAUGUUACACUUACCAGUUUGGAUGCUGUCCCGACGGUAUUACUGUCGCCAAAGGCUCCCAUGGUCAAGGUAACUCCACGAUCAACAUACGUACAAUCUUUUGUAACGCAUUGUAUAUAAUGUUUACAGGUUGCGGAUGCGAAAACACGGAAUAUAAAUGUUGUUCGGAUGGUAGAACGCCAGCCAAAGGACCAAACUUUGCGGGAUGCACCUGUGACGCAUCGCAAUAUGGAUGCUGUUCGGACGGAAUCGAGGAAGCUCAAGGAGAGAACUUUGAAGGUUGCCUCACAGUACCUUCGAUGCCUGGUGCCGCAUGCGGUUUGAAGAAAGACAGAGGCUCAUGUCGAGAUUUUACAGUCAAGUGGUUCUAUGAUACCGACUACGGCGGUUGUUCAAGAUUCUGGUACGGCGGCUGCGAGGGUAAUGACAAUCGAUUCAAAACACAGGAAGAGUGCAAAGAAGUUUGCGUUCAACCAAAAGGAAAAGCUGCCUGCUUUUUACCAAAAAUUGCUGGACCUUGCGAAGGGUAUCAUCCAACGUGGUAUUAUGAUGCUGGCAGGAAACAGUGCGGUCAAUUCGUUUAUGGUGGUUGCCUCGGCAAUGCUAACAAGUUUAAAACAAGGGAAGAGUGCGAAGAACUUUGCGUCACACCGGACGAUAUUGAUCCUUGCGAUCAGCCGAAAGAAGCAGGUCCUUGUGCAGGCAAUUUCACAAAAUGGUACUUCAACCGAGAAUCGCAGAUUUGCGAACAAUUCGUAUACGGUGGUUGCAAAGCGAAUAACAACAAUUUCCCAACAGAAAUCGCUUGUCAUCAACAAUGCUUGCAGCCGGGUCGAAGGAAAGAUAUUUGCAUGUUGCCGCGGGCGGAGGGUACAUGCAUGGAGAAGCAAUCUCGGUGGUAUUUUGAUCAAUCGGAGAAUCGCUGCAUGCCAUUCUAUUACACUGGCUGUAAUGGCAAUAAAAAUAACUUUGAAUCUAGAGACGCAUGCGAGUCUGAUUGUCCAUCUAAAAUUGAACAAGAUGUCUGCCUUCUGCCUGCUCUCUUGGGAGAGUGCCGUAACUACACACAACGAUGGUACUACGAUUCCUAUGAGCAACACUGCCGACAGUUCUAUUACGGUGGAUGCGGCGGGAAUGAGAAUAAUUUCGUAACUGAACACGACUGUGUCAACAGGUGUGAAGCGGCCGUCACCACACCGCCUCCACCAAGACAAGUCGAGUUCCGGUUAGAACUUUGCUUCUUGCCCGAUGAACACGGUCCCUGCUCUGAGAAUCAAAUCAAAUGGUUCUACGAUAGUCGUGAUGGUGUUUGCAAACAAUUCCGGUACGGUGGCUGUCAGAGUAAUGGCAACAAUUUCAAUACUCGCGAGGAGUGCGAGUAUCGUUGCGGAGAAGUUCAAGAUCCUUGCAUUCUACCAGAGGUGAUUGGUCCUUGUAAUGGUUUCGUGAAGCAAUUCUACUAUGACAAACGCACCGAUUCUUGCUACGAGUUCGAGUAUAGCGGCUGUCAAGGCAAUAAGAAUCGCUUCCAGGAUAGAGAAUCUUGCGAGAGGAAAUGUAGACGGCAAACGGCCGUGAUUAUACCACCGGAGAUUCCUCCAACAUUUGCUACGAUUACUCCGCCGAUUGGAGAACCGAAAAGUACGAUUUGCUUGGCGCCAGUUGAGUCUGGCGAUUGUAAUGAUAGCAUCACUGCGUAUUACUACGAUGCUCAACGUCAGACGUGUCAGGCAUUUAUUUAUGGUGGAUGUGGUGGAAAUGCCAAUAGAUUUCAGACCGAAGAACAGUGUGAGCGACUCUGUGGCAAAUUUCACGGACAAGACAUGUGUAAUCUCGCUGUGGAUUCCGGGCCAUGCAGAGGCGCUUUCCACAAAUAUUAUUAUGAAUCAGGUUUACGUGCGUGUCGUGAGUUCAUUUACGGUGGAUGCGACGGUAACGCUAACAGGUUCAGUACAAUUUCUGAAUGUGAGUCUAUUUGCAUACAUCACGAAGAACCUGUAUCUCCCGGAAAUGACACCAGUGUUUCAAAUUUGUCAAUCUGUAAAGAACCAGUUGAUAGUGGCUCUUGCACAUCCGGUGCCACAAAGCGAUUCUAUUUCGACGAAGAACGCCAAACGUGCCGGGCGUUUAUCUAUACCGGAUGUGGUGGCAAUCGCAACAGAUUCAAGACUUUUGAAUCUUGCAUUAAUACUUGUCUUAGGACGAGUAACGAAAUAGAUGUGGAUUCGAAGGAUACGAAAGAUCGAUGCGCGGAGGCCAAAGAAGAGUGUAAUAUUAUCCGUUGUCCGUAUGGUAAGGAGCAAUAUGUGGAUUCGCAGGAUUGCGAACGCUGUCGUUGCGUCGAUCCUUGUAGGACGAUGAUCUGUCGUGAGAAUACUCGAUGCGCCAUUAGGCUAAUCGCUACGCAAGAUGGCACAGAAUACGAAGGCAUUUGUCAAUCGAUCGCUAAACCCGGUCAUUGCCCAAAAGUAUCCAACAGCACGAGAUGUGAGCAAGAAUGUGUCACGGAUGCAGAUUGUCCCGGAGAAUGGAAAUGUUGUAACAGUGGCUGUGGUACAUCCUGUUUGGAACCCGCACCAGAAGAACUUUUGACAACGACAUCACGGCCUACUGUUACCUUACCGCAAUACGGUGCUGAACCUGCGAUGAUUCAACAACCCGAAGAACCUCAUGUUAGUGCGCAAGAAGGUGGUUAUGUUACAUUGAAAUGUAUCGCACUAGGAACUCCGAAACCAAUCGUUACAUGGAGAAAGGAUACUACAUUGAUUGGACCUUCAGAGAAAAGACGACGUAUAUUACUCGAUGGAUCUCUUCAGAUCACUAAUUUAUAUACUUACGAUAGAGGAACUUAUGUGUGUACUGCUGAUAAUGGUUUAGGGCCACCAGUAAGAGCAGAGUAUCAACUGGACAUCACAGAACCAAGCAAUCUUACGGCCGCUAUCAUCGGAGAGCCCGAUACUCGCAUAACGGUGACAAUGAACUCGCCGAUAGUUCUGCAUUGUUAUGCCUUAGGAUGGCCAAGGCCAUUCGUUACUUGGUGGCGUGGUGACGAAAUAUUGCCUAUGACUUCGGACAGUUACGAGCAAGACACCGAUUAUGGUCUUCUUAUACGCUCGGUAACUCUAACCAGCCUCGGCAUUUACACUUGCCAGGCGUAUAAUGGCAUCGGUACAGCGGCUUCUUGGUCGACAACCUUGCAAGCGAUCGGCCCCGUCUACAAUGUUAAACCCGAACACGAAGAGUACACCAAGUAUCUCGUCCAACCACCGAAGAGACCCACUACUGAAAAACCUCAGUAUCCUUACAGACCUACCAGAACACAAUCUCCCGAGCAUCAGACUUACGCUCCCGUUUAUUCCUCGAGACAACCACCUCACAUCCCUCGUGUUAUUCCUCUUGAAACUACCACUACCAUCGAAUCCGGUAGCGCUAAAUUCAAAGUGCCAGUCAAAGUCAAUGUGUCGGCAGAACAAUUGCAAUUCCCUGAAGGCAGUGACAUAAGCAUCGCUUGCACCGUCGACGGUUAUCCGAUCCCACGUGUACUUUGGUAUAAGGAUGAUGAACUUAUUCGAACCAACAAUCGAAUAAAGAUUUCUGAGCUCAAUCGACUUGUCAUUAGCGAUGCAAGUCGGGAGGAUUCUGGUCGAUAUCGGUGCGAAGCAGCCAAUGAAUUUUCUUCAGAUUCUAAUAGCGUUGAUAUACGCGUAGCUGGUAUCUUUAUUCAUCCCCAUUGCCAGGAUAAUACGUUCUUUGCCAAUUGCGAGCUCAUUGUGGCGGCAAAGUAUUGCACACACAAGUACUAUGCAAAGUUUUGCUGCCGAUCGUGCACAGAGGCUGGUCAGUUACCGGCGAGAGGACCUCGUAUCGACAUUAACUCGAGGAGAAGAAGGAGAUCUAUUCCGCCAAUGCUUGUAUAAGACGCCAAAUCGACUUUUCGGUAUUUCCGACACACGUGAUAGUACAUAUCGAUGCCGAGACUACGGGUCAUAGCAGGAUUCGCAAUAGAGAAAAAUGAAGAAAACAAAAAUAAUUGCGCGUACCUGCCCUUAUCGGACGUGCCGGAUAAUCGAUUUGUUAAAUCACUGCCAAAGCCUUAGAGCGUUUAUACAUAAAUAUAAUAUAUGUAUAUGUAUCUCCAUCUAAAACGUGCGAAACCCGCGAUAUCACGUGCGAUUUCGUUCUUCAACGUACGUUUCUAUCCAUGUAUAUACGAUCUGACGCUGAAUCCUAGUCCGACGGAGCCAUAUUAGAUGGGAUAAUUAACUUGUUUUUAAGAGACCAGUGGAAACGUCGCGACCGUGCGCGUAUCGGACACCCCGCGACUUAUCAAAGUCCAACCAAUAUCGACUGAUUAAGAACGUAAUUUUGCGGAUUGUAUUAUCGAAUAUGCAGGAAAUAUAUUCUUUCCAACUGGCGUUAAUUCUUUUAAAUCUUGUAAUAUAUUUUAUGUGUCGCCAUAAUAACUGUAAUAUUUGACGAGCCAAGUAACUAUAGUAGAAUAGUUGUGACAAUUUAUAGCAGUGCACCCGUAAUAACCCGUGUGAAUCUUGUGAAUUUCUCUCUGUGAAAUUAACAGCAAAACUUUUGGUAAUUCCUGCACAAUUUUGAAAAUACGAUCUGGACAGUCUUCAUAUCGGCGUGAGACGAUAUAGCAUAGCCAUUCCUUUCUUACGCAGCGUAGGAUUAGUGCGCACGAUAUGAUGAUAUGAGAAACGACGAUAUAUGAAGUAAAGUAUAGAGCGAGAGAGAGAAAAUUAUCUAACAAAUAAAUUGAGUUUAAUCCUUUUUUUGAAUGCACUAUACUACGUAAUUAAAAAACGAACUUGUACCUAUUUGUAUUAAGUGUACGUGCACACGUUAUGUUGUAUGUACAAU